UGUUUUUCCACUUGGCAGAAAGCGAUCGAAACACGAAGUUGCUCCUUUAUUUAUGAUACUGGGGAAUGUUUUGUAAAACAUUUGAACUAUUCAGCCUGUAUCUGGUGUAUAAGAGUACUGGGUUUAUUUAGUAAAAGCGAGAAACUUGAGUGGGGGCGGAAAAGAGGCGGAAAAUGGCCGUUAGCCGCGUCCUUUGAAGUAUUUGUGCUGUGAUCUUUUUUUUCCUCUGGAUUGGAGCUACUAAAUGCAGAGCGAGGAGCGGCCGUUUAUUGAGGUGAACAGCCUGAUGUUUUCUCCGGGUCAGGAGGAGACCUGUGCACCCACCAAAGAGCUUGUAAAGUACGGGGAACUGGUUGUUCUCGGGUACAAUGGAUCCCUCCCCAGUGGAGACCGUGGAAGGAGGAGGAGCCGUUUUGCCCUCUACAAGAGAGUCAAGGCCAAUGGCGUUAAACCAAGCACUGUACACAUCCUCAACAACCCGCAGGCAAGCAAGGCUGUAAACUGUAAGGGCCAGCACAGUAUCUCCUACACGCUGUCCAGAAACCAGACAGUGGUUGUAGAGUACAGCCAUGACAAAGACACGGACAUGUUCCAGAUUGGCCGAUCCACGGAGAGCCCCAUUGACUUUGUGGUGACUGACACUGUGUCUGGGGGCACAGACGGCGAGGACUCUCCCAUCACACAGAGCACCAUCUCGCGCUUUGCCUGUCGGGUGGUGUGUGAACGCAACCCUCCGUACACUGCACGCAUCUAUGCUGCAGGCUUCGACUCUUCCAAGAACAUCUUCCUAGGGGAGAAAGCGGCCAAAUGGAAGAAUCCAGAUGGCCAGAUGGACGGACUGACGACCAAUGGUGUGCUGGUGAUGCAUCCACGUGGUGGCUUCACAGAAGAGUCCAAGCCUGGUGUGUGGCGAGAGAUAUCUGUGUGUGGAGAUGUUUAUACACUGAGAGAGACUCGCUCUGCACAGACACGAGGCAAAUUGGUGGAUAGUGAGAGUAAUGUGCUGCUGGAUGGCUCUCUGGUGGACCUGUGCGGUGCCACACUACUGUGGCGCACGGCUGAAGGUCUCUUUCACGCACCCACACAGAAGCACCUGGAGGCACUGCGCCAGGAGUUGAACGCCGCACGACCCCAGUGCCCUGUGGGCCUCAACACCUUGGCAUUUCCCAGCAUGCAGCGCUCUAGCCGGGCACUGCCGAGUAUCGCCCAGCAGCAGGACAAGCAGCCGUGGGUGUACCUGGCAUGUGGGCACGUGCAUGGCUACCAUGAGUGGGGCCACAGCUCAGAGCGUGAACCUAACGGCAAACGCGAGUGCCCCAUGUGCAGGGCUGUGGGGCCUUAUGUGCCACUGUGGCUAGGAUGUGAGCCAGCCUUCUAUGUGGACUCGGAAGCACCUACGCACGCCUUCAUACCUUGUGGUCACGUCUGCUCAGAGAAGUCGGUCCGCUACUGGUCUGAAAUUCCCUUACCGCAUGGUACUCACGCUUUCCAUGCCGCGUGCCCGUUCUGUGCCACACAGCUCAAUGUCACACAGGGAUGUGCUAAGCUCAUCUUCCAGGGCCCUGUAGACUGAGUGUGUAGGAUACACGGGCAGAUACAUGAGGAUUGGUUGGAUUCAGAUGGAGCAUGGAUAAAAACUGGAAAAAAAAAAAAAAAAAAAAAAAAAGAGAACGUAGCGAAGGACUGUUGCACACCACAAGCCAUGAAGCCAUGCUCAUAUACUCAAAUACUACUUCCAGUGGAAAUUUUACUCUCCAUCAGUGUAAUAUCAGAAGUGACCUUGGAGAUUGGUAAGACGGUUGACCACGACAAUGAGCAGUCUUAUUUAGCAUAAGCUUUUGGAUGAGUUGGUCCACAGGUAGUGUAUCCCAGCAGCACUGUGAGAACACUUUCAGAUGCCCUGUUGAGCAUUUCCUCAAUACACUGAUUUUUAACUAUGUAAUGGAAGAAGCUGCAGGUGAGUUUAGUAGACAAGUUAUAAUAUAACUUAGAUUUCAGCUUUUUGGGGAUUGUUUUUCCAUUAAUCAAUAGUCUAAUACAGUAUUACAAUUUACCGAAUUAUUGAUUGACAACAAUAUUAGCUUUGGACUUAAAGUACCAAAAUUUCCAAAGAUAAAAUGGCUGCUAAAACUGGACUAUUGAAUCAGUCCUUGCCAGAUCAAGGACAAAAAUGGAUCACUCCUAAUCACUGUUUGAUCAUGAGCGCAAUUCUGCAUUAUUAACAAAGGUCUAAAGGGGCUUAUAGUUUCUAGGAAGUUAUUUGUUUUAAACAAUUAAUGUCUCUGAGCUCUAAGGUUUCCUCUGAUGUAGUGUUUCCAAUCCAGGAAUUUUAUUGUACUGUAACCUGUGAACCAUUUUUGUCGCUAGUGAAGGAACAAUAUACAGGUGGGGUCGAUCUGGAACAUUCACAUCCAUAAUGUAGAUGUUGCUUUAAACCAAAACCUAUAAACUUGGUGAUUUUGUAAAUUUGACAGCUGUGAAACGAACAGGCUGCCGGCCAGUGAUGAGCCGGUUUCCCACUUCUUAUUAAAUCCAAUUUUCUCACCGGUGAAAACUUCAUUAAUAUUAGGAUGUGAACAUGUUUUAUAAUGUUGUUUUAAAAUGAAUGAAACUUGUCUUCUAUUUUCUUAACCUUUGUACAGAGAAAGAUUUUAGUUCUGGCAAAUUGGGGAGUUUUUUUGUUUUUGUUUUUAAACAGUUGUUUAAAUGAGUUAUUUUAAUCAGAAAUGGGGUUAUUGCAUUUUUAAACCAUUAUAAAAGAUUUUAUUCAAAGCA